CUGGUCGUCCACGACCGAGUUGACGUACGCUGGCAUGGCAAUGCCAUACAAGAUGCCGAUAAUGGCGGUAAGAGUGCCCACGACCAUGAGCACAAUAGCCCAGACCUUCGGGCUGCAGCAUAGUCUUCGCUUUGGCUCGGUUUCUUCGAGCUUGGGGAACAAACUGGGCGAUCCUUUCUCAAACUGCUCGAAGGCGGUGUUGUUGUGCGUACCCGGGGUGUGAGUCGCCAUGGGGAGCGAAGAUGGAGUUGUGCAAGGCGCCAAAUUUGCAAGUGAGAACCAAGCAUGACCAGCAAGUCGGCAAAGUGCGUUGGUGGCACUAUAAUGCUGAACAUGUAGAGUCAGUGGAGGGCGCGAGUCCCCAUCCCGGUCAAGAGGAGCACUGGUCCACUGACGACGGCUGUAGUCACAUCGAGGCGGUAUUUCCUCCGACACGUCAGACAAGAGACCUCGAAGGUCUCGGAACGAAAUCACCUGGGAUCCGCUGCCUGCGUACAAGGAUAGUAUCCAGAGAAUACACGAUCUUGUGUUGCAGCCGCAACCAAGCUGGAGCAGGACUAGCAGCACAAAGCAUGGCCUUCGACAACAAGUUCGACCGCCACGCAUAAUGUAAACGGGUGAAAUGGGGAACAGCGGUUGAUGAUGCAAAUGAUGCAACGGUUUGCCAUUAGUGGAAGUGGCAUUCACAAGGAUUUCCUCUUAAAUUGUCUAUCGAUUUCGACGUUCACGUUGCGGUGGUGCUAACAGGCCAGCGUAGCUGGUAGGCUUGAUUGAUGGCGACCCCGAGCGACCAAGUUGAAGACGUUGAAGACAGUGCCUUGAUGGAAAUCUGUCAAGGGCGGUGCAGCGCCAGGCGAGUCGGUCCGCACCUGAACAACAUUCAUUUACGAGCAGAACAUCACUACGCUCACUUUUAUUGCGUCCAGCUCUCUGAUACACGAGAGCACCCUCUGUAGAGGGCCUCUACGGCGCUUACUUGCUACUGUUGCACUUGGACAACGAACAAGAAGAAAUUGUUCUCGAUCGACGCCGUUGCCAACGCCUCGCAUUCGCCAGCAGGAAUACCGGAACAACAAUGGCGAAAAACCAAAAGAUCAUCGGUCUCAUGAUGAAAUGCUUGCAUAGUCGGCGUAGCAAC